AUGGAGGGUGGCAUUCUAAAAAGGUCUGCAACUUCGUUUAGAAGACAAGGAUCAUCAGGGUUGGUUUGGGAUGACAAGUUCUUAUCAGGAGAGUUGAAGCAAAACAAAGAUAACGUAAAAAGUACUACAAGAUCAUCAAAUGGAAAGAUGCAACGUAGUCGAUCCGAGGGAGGAGCUAUCUACCGGACGGUGAAGGUUUCUUCAUCACCAAACGACAACGUCGACCCUCCAUCUCCUAAAGUCUCAGGCUGUGGGUGUAUUUUUGGCAAACCAGUUUCCACCCAUCAACGAAAAUCUUGUAAGCGUUAA